ACAACAACACCCGAACCUACAACAACAACCACAAUGAUUCCUACAACACCCGAACCCACAACAACCACCACAAUAAUUCCUACAGCAACCCCCACAACAACAUCCGAACCCACAACAACCACAAUACCCGAACCCACAACAAUGACCAAAAUAAUUCCUACAACAACACCCGAACCCACAACAACAACAACAGUACCCGAACCCACAACAACGACCACAAUAAUUCCUACAACAACCCCCACAACAACACCCGAACCCACAACAACGACCACAAUAAUUCCUACAACAACAUCCACAACAACACCCGAACCCACAACAACAACCACAAUAAUUCCUACAACAACCCCCACAACAACACCCGAGCCCACAACAACAACCACAACAACACCCAAACCCACAACAACAACUACAAUAAUUCCUACAACAACACCCACAACAACACCUGAACCCACACCAACCCCUACAAUAACUCAAACAACUCUUACAACAACACAAACAACCCCUACAGCAGCACCUAUAAUGACUACAACUACCUUGGCAACAUCCAAAGCAUCAACUACUUUACCACUGAGCAAAAUUCCUCUUCAGUUUUCUCUGCAAGUUGACAAUCCAGCACCAUCUUGUGUUGAGGGUGAAUAUCUGCCACAGUUACUCUAUCCAACACCUUCGGAUGGAGAACUCUUGCAGGCUCGUGUAAAUCAUCAGUUUGAGUUCAGAGUGAAGGCUGUUGCAUUAUUUUCAAGAAUUAUUGAUGUCAUCAUUAGUGGACCAUUAAACAGCACAAAGACCAAAACUACCACUGGAGAAUAUGUGAUUAACUGGACACCAACUCAAGAAAACUAUGGUCAACACUUUCCAUUUUGCUUCAUUGCAGAAGGACAAUACAUGUCUGAUAUUUACCAGUCUGAGAUGAGAUGCAUUGUUGCAGAGGUCAUUGAUCAAGGACCUGUGGUACAUGUAACCUGCUCAGCAAACUCAAUGUCAGUCACAAUAGUGAGAUCUUCCAUCCAAAACCUCAGGGGUGACCAACUGAGACUGAUAGAUCCGUCUUGUCAGCUUUACUCCAACAGUACUGAUGUGUACGCCAGCACACCUCUUAAUGGAUGUGGCACUACGUUAGAGGAGACAGACAACGAACUCAUCUUUAAGAAUAAAGUCACCACAUUUGAUAAUCCCCAGGACAUUACAUCCAGAAUAAACCUAGAACUUGAAAUUAUGUGCGCGUACCAAAAAAACAACAACAUCAGACAGGAGUUUGGUAUUAACAAGUCUCCAAUCAGAAUCUCGGAUAAGAGUUUUGGCACAAUGAACUAUCACUUUGAGUUUUACCCAUCUAACAGUUUCCAAAACAUGACGGAUCCAAGUGCCUACCCUCUCGUGUAUAAUGUGGGAGAUAUGAUCUACAUGAAGAUCGAGCCUGACUCUCCAGUCCCAAACACUGAGCUGUUUCUUGAGUCCUGUAUGGCUACGCCUUAUGAUACUCCUAAUUACCCAGUCUCCUACCCCAUCAUCACCAAUGGAUGCAACAUGGAUGAAUCGGUUCAGGUUUUAUCAAGUCACACACCAUACGUUGAGUUUGAAAUGGCGGCCUUCAAAUUCACUGGGUUUCAAGACCAGGUGUUCAUCAGCUGCUCCAUCAUCGUAUGCCAGGCUGGCGAUCCCAACACUCGCUGCUCUCAGGGCUGCAUCAACAGCACCGCCGCCCCACCUUCACACAACAUUAACAAAAGAGACGCCCCUAUUGAGACCAGCAGUUACUUCAUCUCCCAGGGACCCAUACGGCUGAGGAGGAGCCCAUCACAGGUGACUGUGAACUUGGGAUUUAAUGUAAACCUUGCUGUCGUCGCUGGGUGUCUGGUGGCCAUUGCUGCUAUGAUUUGCGGUGUGAUCUUCUACACAUCCAGGACACCCGGGAUCAGAAAACAACCCUUGUCAUCACACGACUUUUAAACGUGUCAGCGUUUUUUUUCCAAAGCAUAAUGCAAUGAUUAUACUGCGAAAACACUGUUUCUAAGCUUGUUGGUGGAAAGAAAUAUUUGGUGAUGUUUUCUUGCUUUUGCAAUCAUUGUUGUAAUAAUUGGAAGUUUUUAAACUAAUUUCGAGAGGAGCACAUGAUAUAAUUGACUGCAGCUGGCCACCUAUCUACACUCAUUUGUUAGCCAAUCAGAUCU